CAGGGCGGGGCUGCCCGCGUGGGCGUCGUGCUCCUGAACAUCGGGACCCCGAACUCGCUCGACCUCGACGACGUCGCGGACUACCUCGGCCGGUUCCUCGGGGACCGGCGUGUGGUGAGCAUCCAGGACCCCGAGGAGAGGAGCGCGGUGCUGACGGGGGUCCUCGGCGCCCAGCCCGCCAAGUCCGUGGAGAGCUACGCGCGGAUCUGGGACCCUGUCCGGGGCUCGCCGCUGCGCUACCACAUGCAGGACCUGGCGGCCGCGCUCCAGGGCGAGCUGGGGCCCGCCUUCGAGGUCCACGUCGGGUUCCAGCACUCCGAGCCGUCGGUGGACGCGGCUAUGGCGAGGCUGGCGGCCCUGGACGUGGACAGGGGAUCUUCCUCGCCUGCGCGGCGCUUGCGCGGACGGGGUCCGCCGCGCUGCCUCGUGCCGUGGCGGCCUGCUGCUCUGCGCAGGUGG